AGGGUGCGUUCAGCCGAUACUCCGCUAGCCUAGCGCACGUAAGCAGCGAGCGCUUUGCUACCAUUUGCUACGGGAAAAUUUGGCUGGACAGAAGCGCUAGUAGUUAGCGGUUGUUAGCGGUCGCCAUCUUUUUGUAAGUCGAACAUAACCGUGAAUUAUCUCGUUGUGCGACGACGACGACGAUCUUGUACUCACAAACAAUACGCGUAACGAGCUCGAGAGCGACGACAAGAGCCUGCAGGAAUAGAGAGCGAGCUGGCGCUGAGGAUCUGCUCGAGCAGCACCGACGACGAAGCCGUCGAGGAAACCGAGAACGUCGUCACCCAACCGAAGACGAUCAAGAGGAUCGUCCUGAACCGCUGGCAGGAUCCCGUCGACGUUAACGCGCAAUUCACAGCGGCCGAGAGCGAACAUUAUAGCGAUCUCCUAGACGUACCGAGCUCCCAAUCAUUCCAUAAUAAAUAAAUAAAAGAAAAUGGACUACAUACCUGUUGAAUACGUACCACCGGAUGAACAACAAUUGACUGAGUUGGAGACACUAACUAAUGUGACACAAGAUGGAACCAUGUUAAAAAUAACAUAUAAUUAUCAGGGCGAGUUAUAUGAAGUGACGGACAGUAGUGAAACUCACUCUAAACUCCAGGCAGAUGUAAACUUCUUCGCCGAAUUUUUCCAAAAUAUUACUGAAAAGAACGCUGUACAAGAUAACGUGGGUGAAUCUGACUGUAGCCAAAUCAACCCGGAUUACACAAUGGUAGCACCCGGAUCACACAACCCGGAUAACGCUGUACAAGUUAACGUGGGUGAAUCUGACUGUAGCCAAAUCAACCCGGAUCACACAAUGGAAGCACAAGAGGACCUCAACGAAAUACCUAACAAUGAUGAAAACGAUUCUAAAUUUCAAUGGGAUCAUAAAUCCAUUUUAUUCCUUCUAUCCAAAUAUUCCGAACGGUUGGCGAAAUUUAGAAGUCCAACAAUAAAAAAAAUUACCCUUUGGAGAGAAAUAAAAAAAGAAUUUGAUGACAUAGGGAUUUCGCAGGUUACUGCACAAAUGAUUGACCAUAAAUUUCGCAAUUUGAAAACCAGAUAUAAACAUAUAAAAGAUAAUAACAAAAAAACCGGACGAGGGCGACAGUCAUGGGAGUAUUACCAGCAGAUGGAGGAUAUUUUGGAAAAUGAUAAAUCUGUUAAUUUUGACACCGGUAUUGCGUCAAUGGAUGAUGAACCAAUCAACUUAUCGCAGAGCAGGAUUUCAUCAGCAAACAGGUUAUCACCGACAUUAAUAUCAAUUAUUCAAAAUUGUUAUGAUAAUUGUGAUUUCGCGCAUUUUUUGUCACAUAUUCCGUCUUUUUCCUCGUCUUCUGACGCGUUUUCGGACAGUGAUGCAGAAGUUAUUGCUGAUACGCCGCCCUUCACUUCACGUGAUGCAGAAGUUAGUACUGAUACGCUCUCCAAUUCACGCCAUCCGGAUGAUGGCGAUCGUAAUUGUAGUCCGAAUGGAGAGUCAACAUCACCAGAGACUGCACAAUCUCCAACAUUGUCUACCCCGUCGAAAGAAUAUAAAAUUAGGAAAUCCACCCAUGCAAAACAAUUAUACUCACAAAAAACGAAGCAUUGCAACAAGAGAAAAGCAAAAUAGAUGUACUUCGAAGCAUUGAAAAUACAAUUGCUAUAGCAUUUACACAGAAAAAUGAAAUAUUGCAACGCGAGUUGCAACGUAAAAAUCAAAUAUUGGAAAGGCGAAAUCAACUUUUGGAAAAUUUAAUUGAAAAAAUUACUCCACGCAAUACAGGUCUUCCUAAUUAAAAAAAAUUGAGU